AAAGCCCACGCCCAGCCAUCCUCGGCACCACAGGAUCUCACAGGAUCUCAUGGGGGCCCAAGCACGCAGCGCCAGUCCGCGCACUCCUCUUGUAUUUGACAUGAUGACGAGGCUGCACUUGUUGGAAUACUCAAGCCAUUGUUUUUCCCACAGCAACGCUCCUCCGAGGUCGUCCAAGACGUGCUGCGUGAUUCACCGCCCACCACACCCGCCAUCACCGAGUCGACACUCCCUUCCGUCGAGGUCGAUGCCGACUUCCCCUGACCAGCGGUAGCGCCAGUCCCUCUCGAACUAUCGAACCUACACCCUAGGGUGUGUUAGACGCCAUGUGGCUCGCACGCUCGAUAUGCGCCCUUCCGGUGCCGCUGCUCCUGCUCGUCGACGCCGCAGUGGCCGCCGCCGCCGAGCAGCAGCAAGACAGUCAGCCGCUCCCGACAGCCAUCCGGAAGAUGGCCCCCGACCGGGGCGAGAAGUUCUUUCCGCACUACGUCGCCUUCCCGUACCUCCCUAGCGAAGACAACGCCCAGAGGCCUUUCGUCGCAGCAGAUGGGGCACCGCCAAACCUCGUCGGACGAGCACGGCCAGCACUCCUAGGCCGAGACGCGGGCGAAGCAGCAGACGGACCCACAGACAAGAACAGAGCAGCAGCAGCAGCAGCGGCGGCGGCGGCGCAGAGUCCAGCGGAGCCCCGCUUCCGCCCAGCCUUCGCGGCGCACCUGGACUACCGCGCCCGCCUGAGCGGCGGCCAGGGGGGUGAGGGGGAGACGGAGGCGGAGAGGCUCUUCCGGCGGGCGGCGCGGGCGCUGGCGCGGCUCGAGCGGCGGCAGUGGGGCUGCCCGGCGGGCACCAAGAGCUGCACGACCAUCAACCAGCCCAACGCCUGCUGCCGCGACGGCGAGACGUGCUACACCAUCACCGACACGGGCCUCGGCUCCGUCGGCUGCUGCGCCAACGGCAGCACCUGCGGCGGCACCCUCAACAACUGCGCCCCCGGCGACACGGCCUGCCCCUCGGACCUGGGCGGCGGCUGCUGCAUCGCCGGUUUCUCGUGCCAGGGCAUAGGAUGCGUCCGCCUCUCCACCACCUCCCGCACCCAGCCUCCCACAACCACGCCCACCCCCUCGUCGACGGCGCCUCCCCCGCCCCCGCCGCCCACCACAUCGUCAGCCACGAGCAGCGCCGCCAGCAGCAGCACCACGCCGCAGCCCACGGCCACGCCGUCGACCACGGCGCGGACCACGGGCACCGACAGCGGCAACCUGCCCGUGCGGCCGACGGCGACCGAGUCGGACGGUUUCCCGCCGGGCUACUGCCCCACGGGCUUCUACCCCUGCACCCUCACCGCCGACGGCGCCGCCGCCACGGUGCAGAAGGAGCGGCCCAACGGCGCGGCGGCGAGGCUGGUGGGCUGCGCCGGCGCCGUCGUGGUUGGUGUUCUCGUAUCCCUGGCGCAUCUCCUCUAA